CCUUUACUCCUCAGUGACUUUAUAAGCUCCAGUCUCUCUUCUCCUCACACUCCAACCCUGCUCACCUCUCAGCUGGACAGUAAGGGACAUUUACACCACACACUGCCAACAUGCUGGGGACCCUCUGCACUCUCAUCACUGCUCUAACAGAUGUUGAUGCAGUAAUAGUGCUGACCCAGACGCCUGCUGUCCACACAGUUUCUACAGGACAAGAGGUUGUUCUCAACUGCAACAUUCAGAGAGAUGAUGGAAACUAUGUCAGUUGGUAUAAACAGGUUCCUGGAGAAGCUCCUAAGUAUGUUCUCAGAUUUUAUCAUUCUCACAGCUCACCCAGCUUUGGAUCAGGAUUCUCCUCAAACCGAUUCAACUCUAAAUCUUCAUCAAACGUUGAUUAUCAGUUUAUCAUAAAGCAGACAGAGACAGGAGACUCUGCUCAGUAUUACUGUCAGAAAUGGGAUGGCUCUGCUUCUGCAGCUGUAUUCGGACAAGGCACCAAGCUGAUUGUGACAAGCUCCAGCCUCCUUCCUCCUGUCCUGACAGUCUUCCCUCCGUCCAGUGCUGAGCUCCAGUCCAACAAAGCGUCUCUGGUCUGUCUGUCCAUUGUGCCCAGUGAGUCCAAGGGUUUUGCAGAUGUGAGCUGGUUGGCUGGUGGGAGUCCAGUGACCACUGGGAUCUCUACCAGCACCGCUGUUCAGCAACCAGACAAGACGUUCCAAAUCAGCAGCUAUCUGUCCGUCCAGGCGUCAGACUGGAACAGGGAUCAGGUCUACACAUGUAGAGUGUCUUUGGGCUCCCAGACCUCAGAGAAAAACAUGACAAUGUCUGACUGCCACAUGAAAUAGGUGACUAGAUUUUUCUCAGUCUUUCAUGCUAGUGCUUCACCUUCUUUCAAAAAAUGAGAUUCUAAUGAUCAUUGGGUGUAAUGUUUUAGCUUUGCUGUAUUGUGCGUGGAUUAUUUUAAUAAAAGCAUUUUGUUUU